AUGUCCUCACAAAGUAUUUGGUUUGCUUAUGAUCCAAAUUUGGCAUCAUCCAUUCGGACACGUUUAGCUGAUACUGAAACAUCUGAUCUAUGGAUACUCGACAAUGCCACAUCUACUCCAUCACCUCAUAUAAUUCUUGAUAAAUAUUUAGGUAAUCCAAUUCAACAAAUUACAACAAAAAAAUCGUCUGAACAUGAAAAUAGUUACGAUCCAAUGCGUGGUGAUCAUCAAACAAUUGAAUCAUUAAAUAGUUUCCUUCGACGACAAUGUUGGCGUAGUGCUGUCGAUUGGACAAUAACUUAUCUCAUCAAAUAUCCACAAGACUAUCACAUAUGGUUUAUACGUUUUGCUUGUUUAAUUAAAUUGCGUUUAUUUCAAACGAUUGAAAAUGAAUUUGAAACAUUCGGUAAUUUAAAUUCUUAUACAAAACUUCCAUUUUGUUUACGUUUACUUCAUGCUGAAUUACCAAUUUAUAUGGAUUCAAAUCAUUUUCAUGACGGUCUCGAUAGAUUAUUUCGUUUAUUAAUGAUAACAAAUACAAUAUUAAGUAUUCUGCCUAAAGAUCAAACACAAUUGUGGCAUAAACGACGUUUACGUAUAUUAUAUUCAAUAGCGAAUUGUUAUGUAUUAAUGAAACGCGUUGAUUUAAUAAUUUCCAUAAUUGAAAAUCAAAUAAUUAAAAAUGAAAGUAUAGAACAACAAAUCGAACUUUAUUUAUUGAUCGUACGAAUAUUGUUGCAGACUGGCGAUGAUUUUAAUGCUCAACGUGCAUUCGAUCGUGCUCUUAAUCUACUAUCAUCAAAAGAAAAUUUAUCAAAAGAAUUUUUAUCAACCAAAGAACUGUUUUCAUUAUUUCGUAAUGAAUUUUCGUCCAAUAAAUUAAUAACACCAUUACAAAAUCCUAUGGAAUUAAACAAUCAUUCGGUUAUGUUACUUUAUAUGUCAAAAAUGAAAGAAUCAUUAGAUUUAUAUGAAAAAUUAAUUCGAGAUAACAAUGAAAAUAUUCAUGAAGCUAUUAUUUAUAAUAUGUGUACAAUUUAUGAACUUGAAUCGUCUCGAUUUGCACAAAAGAAACAUGAUCUAAUCGAUUAUAUUAGUAAAUAUAUUGGAGAUGGAUUUAGUUUAUCAGCAUUGAAAUUAUAA